AUGAGCUCGAGUGAAGACAAGGGGAGGAGGACGGGACAUCUUGAGAGAACAGCGGAUGAACCUAGAGAUGCGGAUCUUCAUGAGGUGCGGCUGGAGAGGAUUGAGCAGGUGAAUGAGAGGGUGAGGCUGUUUCGACUGAGCCUUCUCUCGGGACCGGUAAAGUUUCUGCCCGGCCAAUGGCUGGACACAUAUAUCCCCGGCGUCCCGAAAGCAGGCGGCUUCACCAUAACAUCCGCCCCCUCUGCUUCGUCAUCUUCUUCAUCUUCUGCUGAGGAGGAACCGCCGUAUUUCGAGCUCGCGGUGCAGGAAUCGCCAGAGAAUGAGCCUGCGGCGUGGCUGUGGCGGCCGGCCGGCGAGAUAUUGGGGGAGACGCUGAGGGUUCGCGUCGGGGGACGGUUUGUGUUUCCUCCUCCUCCUCCUCCUCCUCCUCUUGUGCCCCCUUUCAGCAGGCUGAAAAAGGUCGUCUUCGUGGCUGGCGGCGUGGGCGUGAAUCCACUCGUCAGCAUGCUCAGCUACAUCGCCGACAACAACAGCAGCAGCAACGACGGCGCCAGCAUCAGCGGGCAAACGCCUCUCGUCGACGAGGUAGUCUUUCUCUACGCGAGCAAGAUGCCUCGAAGCGGGGAACUCUCCGAUGUCCUCUUCCUGGAUAGGAUCACGCGCUUGUUUGGCGAGGGGAAAGUGAAAGGAAGGGUGAAGCUGUUUGUAACAGGGACCGGCGCUGCGGCUUCUUCUUUGCAAGGGGCGGGCGAGACGAGAGUGAUUAAUGGGACGAGGGUAGAGGUGCAGAGGCGACGGUUUACGGCGGCGGAGGAUGUGGAGGAUGCCGUGGGGGACGAUGGGAGGGAUGAUCCGGGGACGGUGGUGUAUGUCUGUGGACCGAGGGGGAUGACGGAUGAGCUUGUUGAGAGGCUGAAGGGCUUUAUUGAUCCGAGGCGUGUCUUGACGGAGAAGUGGUGGUGA